AUGCGCGGUUUCCGGGAAGUGGAGUCGACGGUGGAGCACAACUGGCCUCAUUCCUUGAGCUCCGUUCGGCCGCCCUGGGCGCCAAUUAACCGGCGCGUGAUGUCUUGGCGCGUCCAUCAUAAUUGUCGAGUUACAAUUAUAAGAGUCUUGCGUCUGAGCUUGAGCCGGCUCCUUGUUUGCCGGCCUCCGCAAUUUGCAGCCGCUUUUUGAGUUUCUCCGAAUCCCGCUUUUUUCUUUCGAUUCAAAUACAGAAUGGUAGAAUUUCGACCUUUCCUGGCGAUAACAUCUUUUUUUUUAGCGUAGAUGCUGAUUCCUUAACAUGUUUCCGAGGUUUCCCCAUUUUCAAUGCCAUUAUAAAGUAGAUUUCUUGUAUUAACCAGAAAAGGCAUCCUCUUCAAUUUUCAGAGAAAACGAACGCGAAAUUUUAAACCACUCAAUCUCCUAUCGGCAUUCCAAUGUUUUUCCGUCUCGAGUUUUUGUUCUAAUUGUAGAUUCCAAAGACGCUAUGAGUUUUUCGUAUUCAUCGCUGACAAUGCUUCUUUCUCUUGGUUUUUAAGUCAUUUGCCCAGAAAAUAUUUUGGGAAAACCAAAUUGUAUGGGUUUUUAUUUGCACCAAACAAUUUUUAUAAAGGUUAUAGCCCACACUUGUUUGCUGUCUCAGGCGUUUAUGAGUUCAUUUUAUUCAGAGAUCUUAGAAAAUGUUAGUUGAUGCUAGAGUUUUUAACUUGAGCUUACGCUCCAAUACGUUUCUGCAAAAAAUUGCCAAGAAAAAAUGGAAGAAAAUUGUUUUUCGAAUCACCGGUUUUCAUUUUUCUUAUUUAAGAAAAAAUUUAGUGGAAACGUGCUUCACAAUUCCUCCUAUUUUUCGUUUGAUCUCGACAAAAUAAUAGUUUCAAUAGCGUUUCACUUGUUCAUCGUUCUAUUCUGCUUGAAUAUUCUCAACGGGCUCUUUCAGAAUGGACAACGGCUCAUGUCUGAACCUCAACUCAGAGCUCUGGGAGUUCCGCGGCGAUUAUUCUUCUCAGGUUUGCCUUGUUUUCCGCUUUACUACCGCUAAUUGCAAAAUAUCAGCAAAUAAUGGGAUGAAUAAUUCAGUGGCCGGCGAUGGGCGUCUUUUCCGUGUUGUACGCGGUCAUAAUAGCCUCCGGGAUCAUCGGCAACGUCUGCGUAGUGCUGGCCAUCACCAGAAACAAGUAAUGACGUCUAAUCUCUUUACGAAUCCAAUAAGAAACGUGGGAAACGUGGCAAAAUACUCGGAUCUCGUCACUCGAGGGAGGAAUCAAAAUAAUUACGGAUUAGUCGACUCAUUCGCACUUUUUUUGGAAACUUGAAGUUCUUCCGCUCUUUGAAGAAAGAUGUGAAUCAACUUCUUGAAGAAGAGAAGCUUAAGAAAAAAAAUUCUUUAAUUAAAGGUUUUUCAAAGGGUUAAUCCCAGAAAUGCACUUCCUAAUGCACCCGUCGGAAUUCAUUUAUGCUAUUUCCAAACUUGCUUCCCAAGCUAAAUAAGGAAGAGCGAGAAAAAAAUGACAUCAGAUUCGUCGAUUCAAAGUUUCCAUCUGAGCUCUGCAAGUUACGAAAAAUCUUUGGCAAAAAAAUUCUAGCAAUAAAACCUAAUUUUCUAUUAAUUAUACAGCAAAUUUGUUAGAAUGAUAAAAAGUAUAAUAAUGAUUCAAGCGAACUGUUCAUUCAAGGAGAAGUUUUUCAGAUACAACUCAACUAGCCAUGCUUUCUAUGAGGGACAUUUUUCGAAUCGUAUCAAAAAGCCAAAGCCAGGCGGUUUUAAUAUUAAGUGACUGAGAAUUUUUUUCAUUUUGACGCUAAAAAAAACCAACUUUGGAACAAAAAAAUGUUUGCAAUGUAAUCGCCUCGAAUAUUUCAGAGCUCUUCAAACAGUCCCGAACAUGUUCAUUUUAUCUCUGUCAUGUUCGGACAUCGUCGUCUGCUGUACAUCAGCCACAAUCACGCCGAUCACUGCAUUUCGAAAAGAAUGGAUGUUCGGCGCCGUCUUGUGCAGAAUUGCUCCAUUCAUUGCGGUUUGUGAAUGAUUAACAGAAACAAAAUGUUAAUGGAAACUUAUAGAUUCCAUAAAACCAUAAAGUUUGAAUCUACAGGGGCAAUUUUUACUUGAAGAAAGUUGAUUCAUUGCAAUUUAACUUUCUGCAAGACAACUUCAAAUUACUGGUCUUUCAGAGGAACUUCUCGCGUUUUUCAAAAUUUUGAGUCUGUACCAAUAAUUUAUCUUAGUUUCGACAGAUUUUGCUGAUAAAAACAGAGCAAAACUCGAUUUCACUUCCAAGAAAACGAACGAGCUUUUCUGCUGAAUAAUAUUCAGAAUCCACGAUUUUUGCAGGGUAUUAGUUUAUGCUUCUCAACCUUCACAUUAACUGCAAUAUCAAUCGACCGGUAUCUGUUGAUCAGGUUUCCCAUGCGGAAGCAAAUCAACCAUUAUCAAGCCUUCGGAGUUAUUUUAGUGAGUUUUGAAGAUGUUUAAAAUUUCGAAAAAAGCAAACUUUCAGUUAAUUUGCACAAUGGCAGCUUGCAUAUCGUCGCCCAUCAUGUUCAAACAACAAUUAGGGCCUUUUGAGAAUUUCUGCGGUUUAUAUUGUACAGGUUCGAAAUAUUCAUUAUCAUUCUUCCUGAUGUUUUGGAAAAAAAAACUUUUCAAAAUCGACGAGAAAAAGAGUGCAGCUUUCUCUGAAGGUCACUUCACUGAAACUUCCUUUCUCUCUCACGUAGUCGGAGUUAAUCUAAUCUUCAAAGAUUUUUCUUCAAAAACCGCUUCCUAUAGACUUAAAAAUCGCAUCAAUGCGAUGAGAGGAAGUUAUGCAGCUCAUUUCCGCUACCACAGGAAACCGUCUUAAAAAGGAAAUUGCGUUAACGUUCAAAUCCAGGAAGAUAAAUUUUUAUUCAGGAAGAAGAAAAAUGUUUCCGAUACAUCAUCGUGUUUAUUUUUUUUGCAGAGGAUUGGAAGGGCAACGAGAGCCAACGGAAAAUUUACGGGGCCAUUUUGACUUUCUUACAGUUGGUGAUUCCUCUCACUAUCAUCAUUAUCUCUUACACCGCCAUAUCCUUGAGGAUUGGUCAAGUAAGUGAUCGCUUUUCACGAGUCUCAAAAGUUUCCACGAAAAAAGCUUCUUCGAGUCCUUUUUGAAUCAGUUUGAUCUUUGGAAAGUUUUCCGAUUUUUUUUGACCCACUUAAUAAUUUCAUUUUCCAAAAUACGAUCUCAAACAAGUAUGAAUUUCAAAUUUUCCAUUGAUGAGUGAAAAUUUAUAUUUGGAUGGAUUUUUCUAUAAAUCGACAAUAUAUUCAACAUUUGUAGUUCAGCCUUCAUUUGGCUGUGAGCACUAGGUCAGAUUUCCCCCAGUUAGAACAUAUAUAUAUAUAUAUAUAUUUUUCCAGUUUAAUCUCAUCAGUUAAACGGUAGUCAUGGCAUGAAAUUCUGCACGUCGCGAAUUCAAAUUCUUCCUGCGACAUCUCCGCUUUCAGAAUUCCAAUCCUGUUCUACGAGAUUUCAAGGGAUAAAUAAAAAAGAACUAUUUAUUUGCGCUCCACUGAGAAGUCUUUAAUAACAAAUCCAAUUAAUCUCAACCUAUGUAAAGAACUAGGAAGCGUGAGCAAGUAAACAAGAUGCCAUGAAAAAGUAGAGAGAGACCAAAUUUCAAAUAUAAUAAACAAGACGGAGAUUUAUAGAGCAUGAUCCUGAAAGACGCGAAAAGACACAAGGCCGAGCACUGGGAAGUGGAACUGAGUGAACAACAGCGCGCCGCCGUACGAAGACGUCAACGAACCAACCGGAUGCUCAUCGGAAUGGUCGUCGCCUUCGCCUUGAGGUUUGCUUCGGGUCUAGUUGUCUUUCAAAAUAUUAUUCACAACCAAAAAAGUAGAAGAGAGACGCUAGAAGAUUCAAACUUUGGGAAAUUCAAAUGGAAUUUCCAAAACCAAGUCAUGAAUAAAUCAGUUUGUGAAGAAUGACGAGAAAAGCUGUAUGAACAUGAAAAAAAAAACUAGAAUUAAGGAAACAAAUGAUAAUAAUUCAACAAAAAAAAGCCAAUUUGAAGGUUUUCAUGAAAAAGCGAAAAAUAUUUUGCUGAAUCCUUCGAAAUCAAAAAAAAAAAGUACUCUGAGAGAUUUAUACCAAAAGUAAAUGUUACAAGAAUAAAAUUAUGAUAAAAUUUUCAGCUGGAUCUGGUCGGUGACGUUCAAUAUUCUUCGAGAUUAUGACCAUCUUCCGCAAAUGAUCAAGAACCAAGAGUACCUUUUCGGUAUUGCCACUCACUGCAUCGCCAUGACAUCAACGGUAGAAUUUUAGAAAAACUUUUUUCCGACUCAAAAAACUAAAUUGUUGAGAAUUUGCAAGGAAAAAUUGAGCAAAAGCCCGAAUUCAGGUGUGGAACCCGUUGCUGUACGCAAUGCUGAAUCUGCAGCUGCGAGCGGCCUUCAUAGAUCUUCUGCCAAAAUGGCUCCGGGUCAAGUACAACCUCGGCUCUGACACCAACCUACCGCUUCUCCAGAACCAUACGACGAUGAAUGUGACGGCGUCGAUGAAGUACGGGGCCAAUUCGAAUCAGGUACACCUUGGAUCAAUGCACGGCCAGCUACCUUUUGCACUUUUUCGAAAUCUUCUCUUCGAGUUCUUUUCUUUGCACAAAGAAUGAUCUUCUCCUACUUUUCGUGCUGUACAUCUCAAAACUUUCCCGUGGAGCAUGCUCCUUUAGAGUUCAUAAAUUCUGAUUUCAGAUAUUUCGCUGUAUCUUUGGCUUGUUUUAAUGAGUAAAAAAUGAACAAAAGCAAACGGAAUAAAAAUAAAGAAAUUAUUCAACAACGCAAACUUCAUUUUCUUCUCUCAUAGAAAAAUUCGAUAAAGAACAUAUUUUUAUUUUGGAACUUCGCUAGUCUAGUUUUCACAAUCGCUUGUAUAAACUCCAUCAAACUAACUGAAAUCCACACAUUUAAAUCUCCAAAUUUUGUUGAAAAUGUUUUUUUAGAAUUCGGAAAGAAAAAAAUAUUUAAAGUUAGAUUUGACUUUUUAGAUAUUUCGGCAAGUGAUUUUCAUAAAAAGCUGUAUUAACUAUAAAGUGAAGUGGACGUUGGUGACAAGUUUCUGUAUUAGCACGUGCUGUUCAUUAAUUAACGCAGAAAGCCACUUUUUUGAAUCUUGGCAUCCAAAUUUGAAAGAUUAUGAGUUACGAGAAAAACUCUUUUUUUUUAGCGAAAUUUGAACAAAUUUCACCUAAAUAAUAUAUCGAACUUAGGCUCAAACCAUGAUUUCUAGGAGUAAAGUUUUCUUUCCUACUAGAAUCCUUAAUUCUAUCAAAUUGUCGAAUUUGGAAACCAAUCGACUUUUAAUUGCUCUACAAGCGAACUGAACUUUGUACAGAGUAAAAAGAACUUUAAGAGUAAAUCAAAAAAAUUAAAAAAAGGGUUAGCUAUCAAAAAGUGCAUGUUCCAGGGUGGUACUUCUCUUUCCGUCCUGUCUUCGUGAAGGAACUUCUCUUUGGUCGAAGUGAGAAAAAAUGACAUAGAAUUCAAACUUUUUUUUUAAAUUUCGAAUUUUGAGAAAAAUGAUCGUUUUCACUUUGGUCCACUCAAAGACUAUGUUUGUACAGCAGUGAUUGUGAGGUUUGUCAAUCUAUAAAGAAAAUUGUGAAACUUUCUUCUAUCACUCACAGUGCUGAAUAUCUUAACGCCUAAUAAAAUUUUGUUUUUAAUGAGCACUUGGUUGAACGAAAACGAGUCUAAUAGGGCUAAGAACUCUGUAAGUGUUAUAGUUUUCUCCGGUAAACACAUUUUAUGAGGAUGGCAUGUUUUAAAAUCCUUUAGGAAAUCCAAACCUCUAGCUAUUUGUCUGUUUUCUUCAUUGGUAAACUCAAUAAGCAACAAAUAACACUCAGUUAAAGUUUUCAAGUUGUUUUUUUAUAAAGAUUAGCAUUAGAAAAGUGUCACAGCGAUAAUGAAGUUCAAGAGUGAAGAGUUGAAUUAUACAAAGACCUCACCCCAACCAAUGAAAUCUCACGAAUUCAGGCGGUCGGAACUGCAUGCGUCGUGUCAAGCGAUGGGCGAUCAGUCCUUACAACAAGUAUGAAGAAGGCCAAGCCGGAGCCUCGCAAAAUCUCCAUGAUACGGGUGCUGGUGCAGAAGAAGACGCGCUGCGACGAGGAAGAGCUUCUGAUGAAGGACCAGUCGGAUUCUCCUCCUGCUGAGCUGGCGCUUCUGACCGCCGCCAGAGACGCCCCCGACUCUCCCGCCGGCGUCCUCCGACGCAACAGUACCAUGUGCCAUGCCAUCGUCCGUUCGGAUAUUCCUCGCACUUCUUCUUUCUAG